AUGGUGUCGUCGGAGUUACGGGUUCCUCCAGCGCCUAAAAGGCCCUGCCGUCAUGUUCGCUCCGCCGCCGCCGUGGUCGCACUAUCACAAGACGUCAUCUUGGAGAUCCUAUCGUGGCUGCCGGCGAAGUCGCUGUACCGAUCGCGGUGCGUGUCCAAGGAGUGGCGCGCCCUCAUCUCCAGCCCAUCCUUCCUCGCCGCGCACAGGUCCCGCGCAGAGCCGCUUUUCAUCGCCAUGUUUGAUUCCAUCCGCGGUACAAAGUCUUUGCAGCUGAUGGACACGGAGGGCACCGUCGUGAGGGUGGUGGAGGGCCCAGAUGGGGUUUGGACGUUCCGCGCGAGCCUCGGCGACCUCGUCUGCUUCUCCUCCGGCUACAACAGCUCCGGUACCCUCGUGGUGGAUCUAGCCACCGGGAAGACGAUACUGUCUUGCUCGGAAUCGGUUGUCGGCGUGCCAAUGAACUAUACAUGCUUCGGCUUUGGACGCGCCGUGCAGUCCGGCUCGCUCAAAGUCUUCCGUCUCGUCCCUAGGUCAGGAGUUGAACAGAUGUGCGAGGUCCUCACGCUAGGAGACAGCGCCAAGUGGAGGCAGACACAAUCGCCCCCGAUGACGGUCUCUCUCUGGUAUAGCCGUUGCAAUGGAGUCAUGGCCAAUGGUGCCUUGCAUUUCUUGUCCUGGGAGGACCGUGACGAUGUACUCUCCUUCGACCUCGAUAACGAGAAGUGGAAGGUGAUCCAUGGGCCACAAGGAGUCGUCGGCGACAUGGAGCCCAUAAGGAUAACCGAGCUAAAUGGCACCUUAUGCAUGGCUCACAUAGUGGAGCCUGUGAUCAAUAUAUGGCUCUUAAGUGAUUUAGACCAAAGCAUUUGGAUCAAAGCGUACACGAUGCCGAGGGAUCCGGUCUUCUGUUAUGUGGUGCCUUUGAGAGUGUUACGUCUCGGUGGGCACCUGCUCUUCUACUACUAUAAUUCCUCAGAGCUAAAGCUACGAGUAUACGAUCCUCAUUUGGGAAAGUGCACCGACAUGACGACGCCGCCGAACCUUCUUGGCAAAAUUGGCCUUUGCAGUUCGAACUUGGAUCCCAGAUUUUGUGGCCAGCCUUAG